GCCACUGGAAACCCUGUGUCCUCCUGCAGAAGAGGCUGAGGGAUGGUGGGAUUCUCUUUGGAGGCAUCUGGCUGGCUAGGGUGGGGAACUAGGCAAGGCGGGAGAAAGGUCCCGAGGCACCAAGACAGGGCCAAAUCCAUUGGAACCUACUGCUAACCAAAGAAAAAUUCAGUUUAUUCUAACCUGCAAGACAGGUGUCUUUUGGUGUUGGUCAUGCUAGAAAGAUCCUUUUCUUUUUUCUUUUGCUGCCACUUGCAGGAUUGAAUCCCAGCCUUGCACUCUGAGUCACACCCCCAGUCCUAGAAGAGUCCCUUAAGACACUGUAGUCUUCUUUGAGGUCACAGAAGCCCUGUGUGCUUCACACACUUGUGUUUGUCUGGGCAGUGACUGGAAGAAAUUUCAAGGACUGGGUGUGGAAGACGGAAGGGGAUGGUCUCAAGUUGGCCACGGUCUUGGGGCCUUCGAGUGCUUACUUGGGUGUGUGUGCACACACGUGUGCAUGCCUGGCCCAGAAGAGGCCUCCAGUGUGUGUGUGAGUUUUCAGGAUGAGUUGGGUCUGGCCCAGCCUGGUCUCCCCAGGUGGCUGUGACUUCAGGGACUGGCUUGAGCUGCAGGAGUUUUUCUUACAUCACUUUUCCUUCUCUUUCUACCUCCGUGGCCAUGUCUUACUCCCGUCUGCCUGGACUGUGCUACUGCUCUGUCAGGACGAUGAUGACGCAGAGACGGGCCUGACUGAGGGAGAAGGUGAAGGAGAAGAAGAGAAAGAGCCUGAGAACCUGGGCAAACUGCAGUUCUCCCUGGACUAUGACUUCCAGGCUAACCAGCUCACCGUGGGAGUCCUGCAGGCUGCGGAAUUACCUGCCCUGGACAUGGGGGGCACCUCAGACCCUUACGUCAAAGUCUUCCUUCUCCCAGACAAGAAGAAGAAAUACGAGACCAAAGUCCAUCGGAAGACCCUGAACCCUGCCUUCAACGAAACCUUCACUUUCAAGGUGCCGUACCAGGAGCUGGGGGGCAAAACCCUGGUGAUGGCCAUCUAUGACUUUGACCGCUUCUCUAAACAUGACAUCAUCGGGGAGGUAAAGGUGCCCAUGAACACUGUGGACCUCGGCCAGCCUAUCGAGGAGUGGAGAGACCUGCAAGGCGGGGAGAAGGAGGAGCCGGAGAAGCUGGGUGACAUCUGCACCUCCCUGCGCUAUGUGCCCACGGCUGGGAAGCUCACUGUCUGCAUCCUGGAGGCCAAGAACCUCAAGAAGAUGGAUGUGGGUGGCCUUUCAGACCCCUAUGUGAAAAUCCACCUCAUGCAGAAUGGUAAGAGGCUUAAGAAGAAGAAGACGACAGUGAAAAAGAAGACCCUGAACCCCUACUUCAACGAGUCCUUCAGCUUCGAGAUCCCCUUCGAGCAGAUUCAGAAAGUCCAAGUGGUGGUCACUGUGCUGGACUAUGACAAGCUGGGUAAGAAUGAAGCCAUUGGAAAGAUCUUUGUGGGCAGCAACGCCACAGGCACAGAGCUGCGGCACUGGUCCGACAUGCUGGCCAACCCUCGGAGGCCCAUUGCCCAGUGGCACUCGCUCAAGCCUGAAGAGGAGGUGGAUGCACUUCUGGGCAAGAACAAGUAGGCGGCAGCAGCCGGGACCAGGCACCCUUCACGGACACUGACAAGAUCCAGAGCUAUCAAUACCUCAGUUGUGCGACCUUAGAGUUUUGUUUUUGUAGUUGUAUACUUGUUUUUCUUUCUUCUCUUUUUAAAGACCGACUUUCCCUUUGAUGGCUGUGUGAGGAGAGUCCCCCAAGAGGUGAGAGAGAAGGCUGGCUCUAUUCAUCAUCCUAGCAACUGCCCUUGCUGCAUGCGCUGUCAUGGUUCCCUCUUUCAGUGCUUCACUUGUUUCACCCUGAGCGAGGCACUCUGCUGGCAGGAAGUUGAAGCACUUCCUGUUUUUUGCACAUCCUGGACCAACAAAAUGGCAGCACAUCCUGUUUCCCGACAGCGAAGGCAACACAGUGGCCAAUCAUUGGUGGGUCAGUGUGCGUGUGUACGUGUGUGCAUGUGUGUGGUGUGUCUGUCUGUCUUGGAGUCUGUCUUCAAUCCUUGGAUGAGCCAUGGACAGUGAAAGCUGUGUGGGAAGAAAGAGUUCUUCAGGGACCCUGAAAUGAAGAAAGUCCACUGUUUGUGGGAGAUCCAUCAGCUGGUGGAGAAGGCCCAAAAUUGCGGCCAGAUGUCAGAAGCGCCUACUAUUCCUUGUAGAUGGCUCUUUGGGAGGCAGCAAAUUGCGGGUACUGGAUAUGUCAACUAAGACCAAACCCCUGAUGCCAUCAUAGACUUCCUCCUGUCAGUCAUGGCUUCUCCAGAAGCGGGGUUUCUGGGACAUUCAUGGAAAUGAACUAUUCACUAGAUUAGACUCUAACAGGGACUGUCUGUCCCAGGAUUUCACUCUUACUGACAAUGAAUAUCAAACUAUGAAGAAAGAGAAGCUCCUUUAUCCAGAAAGACCAAAAUUAAAACUCCUGCAUCUUGCCCCAUCCAUUGGGAAACAGACACUUUCUCCCUUUCCAGAAUAUAAGCAAUGCAAUUCAUUUGCAUUUUUCUCCAUUCUUGCUUUUGCUUCAAUUUCUCUUUUAAGUGGAGCAACUUAUCUGAAGACAUAUUAUCUGUACAGAGCCAGAGAACUUUAAGAGGAAGGCUUAAAUGUCCUUAGUUUCCAUGAGGUCCAGGUAAGAAGGGGGUGGUAAAGAGGGGAGAAUGAUGGACAGAUGGUGGAGAGUUUUUGGGGUGGGAGCAUUGGGAUUCCCCAAAUCCCAUUCCUUGGCUCUGUGGACCCUCUACCCCCAAUACCAGAGGGCUUAUGUGUAGCUGGAGUAGCUCAAGGAGGCCCCAGCCUCCCAUUCAUUAGAGUCCUUUCUCCGUGAACGCCAGGAUGAAAGGCAUUCAUUCUUAAUGCGUGAUGGAGGAAACCUGCCAGGGUUUCUACCCCGUGUUGUUACCCCAUUCCCCCAUUCACCCCUUAUCCCCAGCAUUGAUUUUUAAAAAGCCAUAUAUAUGUUAGUCAAGUUUGCACUGAGUCCCCUUUCAAACCUUUAGCUUGGGCAAGUCAGGUCCCCAUAUGGCCAGAAGCCAACCCUCUUUGCCUCCCUUCCCUUGACCUCUGUCUCUGAAGCCCUCAGACCCUUGCCAUUUCCUUACCACAGAAAACUCACAGCUCCCCAAGAAGCCUGAGACUCAUAUUCUCAGCAAAGAUGGCACCUGAGAUAGAAUGAUGGUGUUGGAGAGAAUCAGGCUUUGAGGUCCCACAGAUCUUUUCAUUUUAUUAAAGAAGUAAGGUGGGAAGUGAUUUUGCUUUGCUUUGUUGUUGAAGUAAGGAGUGAGGGAACACUUCUACCAGAAAGAGACUGGAAAGCAAGUCUUGGCUAGCCUCUCAAGACUGACCCUUCUCCUUCCUGCUAGUGCUACAUGGGAAAUCAUGUCUUUUAUACACCCCAUGUAUACAUACUUACUAGGAAGGCAGGACUGGGAUACAGAUAUGAGCUCUGGUCCUUGGGACCAGAGUUGUGGUCAUGGUGGAGUUGCAGGACAACAGAAUCUGGGUGGCAGCAGAACACCGCAGUCCAAGUAUGGACAUCGAAUGUCACUGGAUUCCUCCCAUCCCCAGGGCCGUGGGAUUUUGGUGCUCUCUCAGGGUCCCCCCUCACCCACAUUCCACAAACCUCAUUCAUGGAAACUUCCUGUCAACCUCUACCUUUCUUAUUUUACCCUUUUCCGAGUUCCUUUCCUAAGUCCUGGUUGAUACUGAGCAGAUGGCAUCUGUCUGGUUCCACAGGCUGUGGGGAACAUGGUGAUGUUUAUAAGUUUACCACAGCUGCGGGCUUACAUAACCCAAACCAGAGUGUCAUUCCAAACCCUCACUGCCGUGCGGGUUUACAAGUUUACUUGUACCAUGUUAGGGCCUUCCGGUGUCAGCGCUAAGUAGAAAAGAGCGUGUCUGGAUGCCUCUGGGGCUGUGAGUUUUCAUCCCUGUCUUUUCCAGAGAGGGGAAAGUAUUAGUAGAGCGAUAAUUUUUUACAGAGCGGCUGAAACCAUGAAAACCUAAUCCCACCCAGAAACUGGGAGUGAGGCCUAAAAGUUUUGUUUUCUCCCUGGAUAAUCAUUCCAGAAAGGAUGUUAACUGGCAGGGCUAUGGGCAGAGCUUUCGACUUUGGAAGGGAAGCCUAGGCCUGGGGAAGGCUGGGCAGUCCCAGACAGAGAGUAGGUAUUUGGCACGAUGAGAAUCGACUUUCCUGAGCCUCCUGGCUGGAGGAUGGGACAGCAGAGAACUAGGCCACGAACUCAGACCCUGGUCUUUUCUCUUCCCAUAUGUAGCGUGGGUCUCUGAAGAAGCAGUGUCGGAUGAUUUUGGUGGUUCAAGCCUUCAGUGAGAGAGAAGGGUCGCUGCAGGCCUCCUGCAGGUAAAACUGGCUCUUUUGUAAACCUGUCCCCAUGCAAGAAAUGGGCCACAGCAGUGGGAGCACCCCCUUUUGGGUCAGGGAGGGAGAGAUACCUUGUUUCUUUAAUGUUCUAGGCUAAUUCUUGAGGCCUCCAUGUCCUGGGUCUUACCCGACCUGUAGAGCCUGUCCCUGCUGGUGUCCUUCCCUCUCAAAGGUAGACGGAGACUGAGCCAAGAGAUGCCCUCACAUCCUCUGCUCUAUCCCUUCUCUGUUCUGUCUCCCUCCUUCCCACCUCAGGAUGGCUGGGGCCUCUUUCAGAGCCACAGGUGGUAGCAGGUGGGGAAAGAGUCCCAAAUCCUGAAUCCUGGUGGUCCAGAGCCCUGACGUAGUUGCCAGAUCUGGCAAAUAAAAAUACGAGAUGCUCAGUUAAAUCUGAAUUUCAGAUAAAUAACUUAAGUGUAAGUAUGUCCUAGGCAGUAUUUGGCACCUAGUGUACAAAAAAUGAUUCAUUUAUCUGAGAUUGAAAUGUAACUGGCCAUCUGCAUUGUGUCUGGCAACCCUAGCCCGAAUCUGACCACGUCUCCCCACCCCAUCUUGGUCAGGGGGCCAGAGAUUGGUCACUAUGGAUUUGACUUAACCUGUUUUCAAACUGCAAUACUGAGAAGGGGACACUGUGACUUGAAGACACAUGAAUAUACUUUAUUUUUUAAGUGACAAGAACCUUCUGAAGCCAUUUGGGCCUCAUCUGACCCCUUCCAUAUGUGUUUAGUUAUAUAUAAAGAUAAGUUAUCUAUAAACAUAUGAACAGAAAUCUUGUUUAAUCAAGACGCAUGUCUAUAACUUUCUGUAAAUAGCCGCAUGGCAAUGCUGGGAGUCCCCUGGAUUUCCCAGCCCCCAACCCAUUUUACAGAGCUGUUCGAACCUGUUCCUUCAAUUUAUGUUGUGUGGCGUCUUUGUCCCCGUCUGACCCCUGCCUCCCCUCACUGGGAAUCCUGCAAUGGGGGUUAUCAGGGGAUGGAAGAGUGUUUCUGGCCCAGAGGCCAGUCCUGUUGGGAGGUGCUGGUGGACACGGUGUCUCCCAGAGGGCCAUCUGUCACACGUGUGUGCAGGGACACUGUGCAGUGUCUAGCCUGGUGUCUGUCCCUUUGUUCCUAUGUCCUGUGUGUGUGGUGUGGCUCCCUUCUUCCCACUGUCUGAAUUAACUGAAAAGCCAUAAGGGGGCCUCUGGCUGGAGACUGCCCUCGGCUCCUCCCAGGAGCACCCACGACCCUCCGACUGGCUCCCCGCAGAACACCUCUGAAGGACUCACCUGGUGUCACCCUCUUUUGCUCCCAUAGCAUGGAGCCACGAGGACAGGUGGUGUCCAGGGCUUCUGGUGGGGCGUCAGGAGAUGACCCUGGCUGGCUUCUUGGCCCAAGUCUGACAAUUCAACUCCAUCUCCACCCUGCGUGUGGACAGGGAGUGGUGGGGGCGCCACAGUUUUGGACACGUUAUUUGGGGGCUCGGUAGAGGUGAGCAGGGUUUUCAGGAGCAGUCAGUGGCUCAGCCUGUGAUCAGGCUCCCAUUUGCCCCUGGGGUUGACAGAACCAGCCCUGCUUUCUUAGCAGUGGCAGGACUCAUGGGGAAAACCUUGGAGGACACAGUGGGUUAAGCUCUUCCCCCACACUCCACCAGGAGCAGGGUCAGCGGGCAGGUGGGCACCAGGCUUUACUCUCCCCUCUGCUCCCGGGGCAGCCCCAGCCUGGUGUGACAAGCACUGGAGAAGUGGGCAGAGGGCACUGGGGUCCUCUGAGGUCUCUAGCAGCAUGGUGAACCGCAGUCCCUACCCAGCAGCCCGGGCUCCUCACGGCCCCUGGAGGCUCCUGCAGAGAGAACUCAAGAACCAGGGUGGAUAUAUUAGACAAGCCAGAGGCAGUGGGGUGGCCUCCACCAUUUACAAACCACCAUGCUUGGGCGCACAGUCUGAGGGUCUUCACCUUCCCCUUGUGUCGGGACAGAGUGGAGAAAGGGAGGGGAACAUUUCAGAGUGGGCUGGGAUCAGCUCCCACUGAAGGGCCUUCUCCUUUCCAGAAAGGGUCAAGGCAAGAGCUGAGGCUAGGUGGUGGGACAGACACUGUGGGGCGCUGAAGUUUCUCCACCUUCCUUAGCAAGCAUGUAUCGGGGCUUUAGGGGUCCCUCCUCAGAGAAAGCUGACCACUCUGCCGGAUUCCUGCUCACUCAAGGACUCGAUUGGCUGCUUUCUGAAAACCUUGGGGCCAGAAAACUUCAAAGCUAGAGGCAAAGACUAGCCUAGCCUGAUCUGGGUCACCCAGGGAAUGUGUGGCCCCACCAGCUCUCCCUGUCUACACGAGGACGCUACUGGUGUAGCCCUGGCCUCCCUCUUUCCCCCUGCUUGGCAGUGCUCUCCACCCCCUUAUGUGGACUCUGUUGUUUUUGUCUGAUCUCUUGUCAAAUUGUUAUUUUGUAAUGAGCUGCGUCUCCUUAUUAAAGAAAUGAGCUGAAAGAAAUCUGGGGGUGGGGGGUGUCUCCUCUCGUUAUUUUCCUGGGCCAUGGUGAGGGUGGGGGUUGGAAGGGAUGCCCGAGGCUAGGGCUGUUCUCCUUCUGGGAGGAAGACGAGAUGCUAUGGGAGCUCUGCUGGGUGGUAGGACACAGCCCCCCACAACAAGGCCACGAGCCAGUGCCUGCCACUGCCCUGGGGAGGCGUGGUGUUGAGGAUCAGCCUUGGGGGGGGGGUGGCCCACGACCUUGACUUCCAGUAGAGCUGGGCUUGGGAAAUGGCCACAGUGUGGAAGUUUGAAAAGUGAGAAUUCCUAAAAGUCUUGGAUUGUCCCAUUGCAAAGAACUCCAAAUGUCCUGGACUCACAUGGCAGGCACUAAGGGAUGAAGGAUAGAAUAGGUUUUGGGAAUGUUUGGGAAGAGUGUGAGGCAGCAUUGCCCUGAGACCAGAAAAGGAUUGUAGUCCUUUCCCACUUCCCACCCUGGCCUGUCCCUCACUGGGAAGACAGGCCACCUCCCAUUUUGCUGGUUUCCGCCCAUGACAGUUGUCCUCCAGGACUACCGCAGCUAGACUUGCGCUUGCCUGUCAGGCCCGAAUGGGGGGGCAGGGGGACAGUGGGGACAGGCCCACCUGAGCAAGCGAACAAGUGUCCCAUCUUGCUGCUUCAGUCCCUAGGGAGGGUGGCCCGGGUGGCUGGGUGUGUGAAGGGCACGGGGCUCCUGGCUAGUGGCUACGACUGUGGGCUCCUCUGCUGCAGGGAGGCUAUGUGUGCCAUCCCCUCCCUAUGUCCGGUGGAGACACGGCACUUUUGCAGUUGAGCAGCCCCGGUGGUAGGCAUACUGCUUAGCCUGUAGCAGCUCCCUUCAGGCCCCAGGACAGUCUGAACUCUUCAACCAUGACAUCAUGUGUGUGUGCCAGUGCUGCUUGGACCUCAAACAGCUGGAUGACAGCAAGGGAAAAGAAUCUUUCCUCCCUGACCGCUUCCAAGGCAGUGAUCAGGGAUUUCCGCUCGGUCACAAGCAGAGCAGGGCUCGCUGCAAGGAGAAACCAGAUCUGAACCUUGGCUGCCUGAACCCCCAAUCCUGCCAGCCGGCCCUGCAGCUACUCCCUGGCUGGGCUCCAUUUGGACUUUGGCACUGACCUCCAGGGACCCUCAAGUUAGCUGCGUUUGGAGCCUGGAGGAACCUCCUCGCAGAACCUCCCUUCCCCAUGCAUGCGCGCCUGCUAGUGCACGAGGAGACAGGCCCUGGAGUCCUGCGCUAUGCAUGCUGCCAGCCAGCCAGCCGGAUCUUAGUGGCUUGACACCCUGAUUUCUUAAUGGUUCCCCUGCAGGCUCUGCCUUGACCUGACCCACUUGGGAAUUGCAUGGUGCUCCCAGCAACCGGCCCUCGGGAUGGCAACUCACCGAAGGCCAAUGGUUCUGUAGAAGGGCGCGGGGAGGCUGCUGGUGAAGCCCCCACAGGGACUUUGAGAGAUGUCACUGCACAAAGUUAAAACACAGUUUUACUCAUUUAUAAAUACUGUUGUGUUUACAGGCAUCAUAUAGAUGUGAAUAUUUUCCCCAAACUUUCAAACACAGAAUACUUAAUAACUAAUCAGUAAAACAAAACCGUCCAUCUCAGGGUUGAAAGGCCACUCAAAGUUGCAUAAAAAUACAGUUCACAAAGCGAGCUGGCUUCCCCCCUCAGUACUCCUGGUAUAUUUACAGUGGACUGGUUAAAACCAUACAACUCUGCUGAAAAGUUACAUCUGGUGCUUCAACGGUGGUAGAAAUAGAGUGAGGAGAGAAGGGUGGAUAAAGACAAAAUGUUACCGUUAAAAUGGGACAGGUGUGGAGACACGAGGGCAGUUCUCUGACGCACUUUUCACCCCUGUUUGAUCAAGGUCAGGGCAGAGGCAAGAAUGCAGGGAGGAAACCCAUAAAGCCAAGGCCCAAGCCUGAGAGCAGGCCGUAUCUUCUCCCGGGAGAGGGAUGCAAGGGCAUCUCUACUAGGGAAAUCCCAGCCUUCCUCCAAGCACCAAGUAGCAGCCAGGUGGCAACACAGACUUUUAAGGACUCCAGCCUGCCUCCCGGCGUUGACUUUCCUCCACAUGAUCUACUGGGCCUCUGUAGCCAAGGACAAGCUGGAAUCCGUUUGCGGUCUCAGGUGAGUGGGAGAACAGCAAGGGCAGAGAUGUCAGCGGGGGUCAGGCUGGUGCUGGCCCUCGUGUGUCCUUGGGAGCACAUCAGAGCCUUUGGAGGCUUCCAGAGUCGCUGAACCUCUUCCGCUGAGUCCUGCCAGGCAGGAAUGGGCCAAGCCACCGUCACAGAUGCGCCCACACCCGAUCUAGCUUGAGCUGAGGAGACACACUGCUGCCUGAAGCUGGAACCGAUCAUACCUCUCAGGAUAAAGACGGUGUAAACCAGACACAGCUACCCAUGGUCUUGGUGGCCUCAGGCCUACAAGUCAGCCCUCAUCUCAGGGGCAUUAGCACAGCCAGAGAGCUUCAAGCUGGAAAGGGCUGGGGAUAGUGAUAGGGUGGCUGUUGGUGUAUAAACUCCUCCUGGAAUCCUGGCCGAUUCAGAAAACUGUAAAGCACCAUGAGGUCCAAGUAAGAAGCAAGGAGUAAAGAAUGUGGAAGGAGAUGAGAGGGAGAGAGAGCAUAAUAUGCUUAUUUUGGAAGGAUAUAAAAGCAUCCUGAUGUCACCUUAAGGGCCAACCAAGUAAAAUUUUACUGGAAGUAUGAGGGGAAAAUCUGGAGCAGAAAUAACAUCACUCUGGCAGAUUCACAGUCUGAAAUGAUAAGCAGAAGAGAAAAAUAGCACAGACGUCUUCGGGGGUGAUUGGAAGGCAGGGAGAAGAGCCAAAGAUAGGAACUGAUAGACUACUACCGACAAAGGGCACUUGUGCCCGGCUUCACUCUGGGAGCUCGUCCUGCGCACGCAGGUCGGUGCCUGUCCUCAACCCGCCCCCCAGCUCCCAAGGACAAGGGAAUAAUCUCACCUUCAGGGACCAGCUGGCCAGUUUCCUGCCUGUGUUCCCCCAGCUCUCAGAGGCCACCUCAUUCCUUGGCUGUGAUAAUGAGUGCCUGGGCUGUAAUGAAGAUGAUCUGUUUCCCCAUUCUAAUCAGAACCCAGAGGUCAACAGCGUCCCUGACAGGGCUGGCUCCUGAGCUGCUGAUAUCUAUCAGGGAAGCUGAUUACAAUCUCUGCUCGCUUGGCUGGAGGCUGAGGGAUGCAGUCACUAGUGAGACAGAACUCAUUUCCCUGCGCUUUGCCUCUUCCUGCCAGCACUUGCAGCCUCCACCCUGCUUUUCCUUGGAAGUCCCUGACUGCCUUUGACAUGGCACGGCACGUGGGCCACCUCCACCUCCCGGCCCGGCCUCACUGUGCUCACACGCAGACCGCAGGCUUGUGAGAGCCGAGUGCGGUCCUGUUACGGUGGCUGGAGGCUGGUAAAUGCCUACUGCUGUCUCCUCUGCAGACCUGCAGUGAAGACAACUACCUUGAACAGCACCACAGCCGCUGCCUCCUGAUGGCUCAGAAUCCAGAGGAGCAGCUCCAUGGAAUUAAAGGCUGAGGUUUUUACUGAGGAAAAUGCUCUUGCUGUUGCAAGGCAGAGUUCGAGGCUAGGAACCAGCGGGUGGUAAGCAGAAGCACAAGUAGCCCACUGUCUAGGUGCUAAGAGCCAGAGUAGCUCGUGCAUGAGAAGGCUGAGGAAAGCUAUGAAGCAGCAGCUCUAUUUCCUAUUAAAACAAUUUGUUCAAAGGAUGCUGGCAACAAACUGCUUUCUAUCCAUUUCCCCACAGCUCCAAUUUCCACCUCUGCAGGUUUUAAUAUUCUUACCACACCAUUAGGAGGGAAAGCAAUUGCAAAACCAUUCAAUUACCCUUAAUAUCAAACUCGCUUUCCAACAAGGAUGAGAAAGUCAGCCCUGAUGUGCUGAUGUUACACAGUUUGAAGCCGGAAGAAAACAAGAAUUUUUGCUCUUGAACUUUUAAAGUUAAAAGAAGUUUCUGCGCCUCAAUAAUUUCAACUUUAAGAAAUGUUCUGAUCUUCCCAAGAAUGAAUAAAUCACAGAAUUUAAUUUAAGAUUACCUUGCCCAAGGUCACACGGCUGAUGGAGAGCUGGCCAGGAGUACAGACGUCCACUUCCUGAGCUUCUCUCACAGUGCCUCACUCUGUCCUCAGAGCUGCCACACUUGAACCUGAGGAACUCCCAUCCUCUGAGGGGUCUGAGCUGGCCUUCAGAAUCAGAAUGGCGACAGAUCUGCAGGCACAAUGGGGUCUGCUCUGGGCAGGGGCUGCCUCUGACCAAGAACUGCGCUGAAGUGCGGUGUGGACACAGAUGACGGAGUCCACCACCCCAGUGACAGGAGGGAAGGCCUCCACAGCUCCAGUGGGCCCAGUGGCUCACACAGGGCGGUGGAACGAGGAUCCCCCCUCCCUAGCUGCUAGACCCUUAUGCUCGCCUGCUUAAGGUACACAGCCGGCUGCAAGCAGAGCAGCUGGUGACACUGCACGGUCCGCUCUACAUAGGGCCACAAGUGAGUCCCCACACCGUCAGGAGUUCUGCACGGUGGCCACAGGUUCCUUUGGGAGGAGACAGUGUCUGUGGCUUGGGCAGGCUGUGAGGGGCCAGAAUUUACAAGAGUUAGCAAAGUGCAUGGCUGUGAGAGUUUGUUCUUCCUCAUCUGUGGCUCAGUUAAACAUUCCCGGUGGAGAAGUAGCCAACAGUACACAUGUUUUUAUAGGACCUACAGGCUAGGGAGUGGCAUGGUAGCCUCUUUGCUUUCUGAGUAAAUUUCAGUAAGCAUGUUUGGUUUGGGACAGGGAAAAUGGGAUCUUCCAAACAGAUAUGAAACCCACCUGUGACCUCAGAGCAACAAAUGCAUUGUUUCCAUGGGUGGGAUGGGCGAGAAACCAGGGCAAAUCCCACAGGUGGACGGAGAGAGGGUGGCUCUAAGGACCAUGCUGGUGACCCAUCCACCCAGAGACCAGAGCGCAAAGGUGCACCACAUCGCCCACGCUGUGCCUAACCCGCACAUUGGGGUCAGGGGUGGGGCUGGGUCAUCAUUCCCGGGAGCUGUGUGGAAGGACUGGCAGCCCCUGAAAGGCAAACCCCAGCCAGAGAAUCUCAGGCAUGGCCAAGCACUGCUCCCAAAGGUACGGUGAUGGGAACUGGGUGUGAAGCAGUGAGAACACUGUCUUCUCUAUUCUGAUACUUCUUGGGAAGGCUCUGAAGGGACAGAGCCAAACCGCACUGCUGGCCAGCCUGUAGCUGCCCCAGUCUGAGCUGCGGGGUGCUUGCCAGCACCUAAGCCAGCAGUGGAGGACAGGAAGUCAGUGGCCACUGAAGAGACCAAACAGGUUGUUACUGGCCAAGCAGCACACAAACAGGAGACCGGGGUGCAGGCACCGGGGAAACAGCUGGCCACUGGAGGUCUCUAACCACUACCAUGCUGAGCUUCCAGGCAACACAGUUGUAAAGUGGUGUUUAGUUUGAAGAGACCAAUUCAGAAUGGUAUCUCAUAAAAUUAAUGGCACAGCGAAAGUGACUGAAAUUAUCUAGGAUGGUUAACACUUUUUGGCCACAGAAUCCAGUAUUCCUGAGGUUUUAAAGCUUGUAAAUUUCUUGUCACAAGAAAUACCUCCCGACAAGGAACAUCUUUAAGAUGAAAGGGCUGUGUAAGUCGGCAGGGGUGUCAGGCCAAUCUAAGCAUUUUGAAAACCUGCCUCCUGCACUUUGAAA